UUUUUUUUUUUUUUUUUUUUUUUUUCCUUUUGAUUUUUUUUCUAUAGCUUCUUCAUUUUUCAUUUCCCAUUAGGAAGAAAUAUAAUAAAGAAAAGUCGUUCAUUAAACAUCAACUUCACACUCUGCACGUUCUGCUUGUUCAUUGACGUGCCCUUCUUUGCUAGCUUGUAUGCGUCGUCCUGUCUCGGUCAAGGAUCGCGUUGCCAAAAAAAAGCAAGCACAUCCACCAAAAGGUCUCAAAGGAAACAAACUCAUUCGCCAUUACCACAAUCUACUCAAGGAAAAAGCCCGACUUACAGCUACCCAAGCCUCUGCCCAACAAAUCCAACAUGUAGAGCAACAAUUGGAAGCCAUUGGAAUUGAUGCUUACCAAAAGGCAAGUCAAAAUGGUCAAAACAGCCAAAAGGGUGGUGACUCUAGUAAAAUCUUGGUCGAAUGGAUUCGAGCUGAUCCCAGCUUCUAUCCAAAACAUCCAAACAAUCGCCCACAACAGAUUUUGGAAAUUGGAAGUGUUUCUGUCGAUAACAAAUGCUCCACUUGUGGUUUGUUUUCCGUUACCAGGAUCGACCUCCAUUCCUCCCAUCCUCUCAUCCAAGAGCAAGACGUCUUGACUCGCUCUCCAAAAGAAGGUCAGUUUCAUGGGAUUAGUUGCUCUUUAGUUUUAAAUUUUGCUCCACCUAAUACAAGAGCUCAAAUUCUUUGGAAAUGUACCCAGCUACUACUUCCCCCAGAUCCCAUUCAUCCUCCCUGGUUUUUUUUUGUCAUUCCUGCUCCUUGUGUCACCAACUCUCGCUACAUGGAUAAUGCUACGCUUCACUCUAUAAUGCAUCAAUUUGGCUUCACCGUUCGUCAUUCCUCUAUUUCAAAGAAAAUUGCUUAUUAUUUAUAUGCAUAUGAUCAUCCUUGUACAACAAAUUUGUCCUGGAAAAAGAAAAUCGUUCAUGAUGGUCCAUCGAGAAACAACUUUUUUAUCCCAUGCUUAACCAAUUGAUUUUUUUCCUCCUCACCCUUCCCAUCCAAAAUUUGAAUCGAUCAAAUACCAUCAAAUAGACUCGCAUUAUGCACUUCCCAUACUCCUUUCUUUUUUUUUUUUUUUUGUCUUGACCCAUUGCUCCCCUCACCUAAUUCGGUUGGCAGCCACGUUCCCUUGGCAUAAAAUCCCCACAAUGGAAGUGUAGAUUGUAUUUCUCUUUUGUUUAUCUCUUCUCAUGCUCUUCAAUCCCUCUGUUUUUUGUUCAUUUUUUUCCCUUUUACAAUUCAUUAUUUACUGUAUUUUAGCGAGGACCAACGUAAUUAUUUAGGUGGUUGAAUACUACUACGUCUUUGGUCCUUCUUCUACUCAUAGCAAAUUAU